AUGAAUGACUCCGAGGACGGGAGGGUGCAGCAGCUGUGCUCCCACGAUGAGGAACACCUGAUAACCAGCGGCACCAGAUACUCCGUCAAAGGCUUCAGAUUCGAACCACCCUAUGUCCUCAAAAGAGCUGCAGGGCACCUGUGCCAUGGCCACGUCCCUGUUGUGCUGCAGCUGUUCUGCCUCACACUCUCUGCUGUUCUCCUUCUGGCUGUCCUCAUCAAAGUCUCCAGUAUUGCCAACACCCAGGGACAAGAACAGGCAAAGAAGGAGAAGGUUUACAAGGAGAUGAGCCAACUGAAGCCUCGAAUAAACCACCUGUGCCGCCCCUGCCGCUGGGACUGGACCCUCUUCCAAGGAAACUGUUACUACUUCUCCAAGUUCCAACAGAACUGGCAUGACUCUGUCACCGCCUGCAGGGAAGUAGGAGCCCAGCUAGUGGUUAUCAAAAGUGAUGAGGAGCAGAGCUUCCUGCAGCAGAUGUCUAAAGAGAAAGGCUAUGCCUGGAUGGGUCUGUCAGACCUGAAGCAUGAAGGCAUGUGGCACUGGCUGGAUGGUUCACAUCUGCUGUUCAGUUUCAUGAAAUAUUGGAACAAAGGAGAGCCCAACAAUGAAGGAGAAGAAGACUGUGCAGAAUUCAGAGAUGAUGGCUGGAAUGAUGCUCCAUGUGCAGUGGAGAAAUACUGGAUCUGCAAGAAGUCUGCUAUGUCCUGCACCAAAAACUGA